UCUCUCUCGAUUAAUUUCCCUUUUUUUGUUUUUUUUUGUUUUCUACAAACUUCUCAAUAUUUUUUUUUCGUGAUUUUUAUUUUAAUUUUUCGUUCCAUAAAAAAUAGAAUCUAGUAUUCUGAUCAUCUCACAUUCGAAAGUUUUAUUAGGGAUUUGGAUUUGAUUUGAUUACUCUAGGGUUAGGGUUAGGGUUUGGUGUGUUGGUGGAUCGAUCUAUAUGGGUGACGAGGGCGAUUCGAGGGACUCAAGCGUGGGUGGUGAAGGAGUCAUUGUCAACAUUCGAUGCUCCAACGGCUCCAAAUUCUCAGUCCGGACCUGCCUUGAAUCGACGGUUGGGGCUUUCAAGGCUCUUCUGGCGCAGAACUGCGAUGUUCCAUCUGAUCAGCAGCGGUUGAUUUAUAAGGGUCGGAUCUUGAAAGAUGACCAAACCCUAGAGAGCUAUGGUUUGCAGGCAGAUCACACUGUUCACAUGGUUCGGGGUUUUGCCCCAGCUGCGUCAACACCUGUGACUGGUGGUACUGCUUCUGCUACUACCGCUGCUACUGCUGGAAGUCCUCUUCCUCCAGGUUCAGGUGUCAGACAGGGUGCUAGUUCCGAUGAAAGUGGGGGCAUUGGAGCUGCUGGCAUGAGGUCACCUUUAUUUCCUGGACUUGGUCUGGGUGGUUUGGGUGGUACUGGAGCAUCUGGGUUGUUUGGAGCUGGAUUUCCUGAAUUUGAGCAAGUGCAGCAGCAAUUGACUCAGAACCCCAAUAUGAUGAGGGAAAUAAUGAAUAUGCCUGCCAUUCAGAACUUAAUGAAUAAUCCUGACCUAAUGCGCAGCUUGAUUAUGAAUAACCCUCAAAUGCGCGAGAUCAUUGACCGAAAUCCUGAGCUGGCACAUAUACUUAAUGAUACUGGCAUCCUCCGGCAGACCUUGGAGGCUGCAAGGAACCCUGAGCUGAUGCGUGAGAUGAUGCGAAACACAGAUAGGGCAAUGAGUAACAUUGAAUCUUCUCCUGAGGGAUUCAACAUGCUCAGGCGUAUGUAUGAAAAUGUUCAGGAACCAUUUCUUAAUGCUACGACAAUGUCUGGUGACAGUGGAAACACUUUGGGUUCAAACCCAUUUGCGGCCCUUUUAGGGAAUCAAGGUGGGGCCCAAGCCAGAGAUGGGUCUAACAACCCUUCUACCACUGGUGCUGAAGCAACGGCCGGGCUUACUGCUCCAAAUACUAACCCACUUCCUAAUCCUUGGAGUGCUGGUGGUGCCCAGACAAACAAUACUGCGAGGUCAAUUCCUGCUGGGGAUGCAAGGGCUCCAAGUGUUGCUGGUUUGGGAGGGCUUGGUCUCCCAGAGAUGGAACGCAUGCUUAAUGGCAUGCCAGAUGCUACCUUAUUUAAUCAGUUGUUGCAAAACCCAGCUGUGUCCCAGAUGAUGCAAAGCCUACUUUCCAACCCCCAGUAUAUGAAUCAGAUUCUCAACUUCAACCCACAACUGCGUGGUAUGCUUGAUAUGAAUCCUCAAUUAAGAGAAAUAAUGCAAAACCCAGAACUUCUUCGUCAGUUAACUUCCCCUGAGACAAUGCAGCAAAUGAUGUCUUUGCAGCAGUCACUUCUCUCUCAACUUAAUCGGCAGCAAUCAACCCAGGAACCAGGUCAGACUGGUGGUGGGACUACAGCAGGAACACCCAAUAAUAUUGGGUUGGACUUGUUGAUGAACAUGUUUGGUGGGCUUGGAGCUGGGAGCUUGAAUGUUCCAAAUACGCCUGAUGUACCACCUGAACAACUCUAUGCGACUCAAUUGUCACAACUUCAAGAAAUGGGUUUUUUUGACACUCAAGAGAACAUCAGGGCACUGCGGGCUACUUCUGGGAAUGUUCAUGCUGCGGUGGAACGUCUCCUGGGUAAUCCUGGCCAAUAAAUUUAUUGCAUUCUGUUUUUAUAAUUAAUGGAGGACUCUCAUGUGGACAUGUAAGAUUAGCCAAAUUGGGUGCGGUGUCUAUGACAUGAGAGGUGCUGGCACUUUCGGGUUCCAUUUUGGAAAUGUGAAUAAGCAAGUACACGCUAUGAUAGAGCUGUGAACUUGUUGAUAUAGGCUUAUGCAUUACUGGACUAUUUUGGUGCCCCCUCUUAUCUCUCUGCCCCAACCUCCCUUCCUCUCUCUCUCUCUCUCUCUCUCUCUGCUCAUGUACAUACACAUUCUUAAGUAUUUUUCUUUCAAAUGUUUGAGAAUUUAUGAGAACUAACCAUGUUUAUGGACAUGCUUUGUGUUAGUUUCUUUUUUA